AUGUUGCACACAACUAUAAAUAGAUUAAAUCUGUUUGUCACGUGGAAUAUUUCUCUUAGAAUUUUGCUUUGUGUUUACACAGGACAAAAUUCACCUCCAGUUAACACAAGCAUUUGAUAAAGAAGAUCAGACCAUAAAAGAUGAAGCUGAAAAGGAAGAAUGCACAGAGAAACCAGAUAAAAUAAAUAAAAAAAUGUUAUCGAGAGAUUCCAGCCAAGAAUACACAGAUUCCACUGGAAUAGAUCUUCAUGAAUUUUUAGUAAAUACUUUGAAAAAUAAUCCCAGGGAUAGAAUGAUGUUGCUGAAGUUAGAACAAGAAAUUCUGGAUUUUAUCAGUAAUAACAAUAUUCAAUAUAGGAAGUUUCCUCCAAUGACCUCCUAUCAUAGGAUGUUGUUGCACAGAGUGGCUGCAUACUUUGGCUUGGAUCACAACGUUGACCAAACAGGAAAAGCUGUGAUCAUAAACAAAACUAGCAACACAAGAAU